CAUACCGCAGGUGGUCGACAAAGGUCCGCCAAUAGUUUCUCAAGGUAUGGCGAUGCCCAAGACUUUCUUUCUUGUGCCCCGCGAUCGUCCACGGCGAUCCAAGCGUUGGCGUCCCUCCAACAAGGUGCGGUGGAUUUUCUUAAACGGCCACAAGAGUAUGUAAUCAAUCGUCGGCCACCGGAAAAAGGUCACUCGAUCACUUUCGCCAUCUGAAUCGAGGUUGCGCCUGAACGAAGCACUCUACUGCCCGCCUGAUCCCUCUUCUCGUAUUCCAUUGACCGAUACUACCGAGCGUCGUUCGUACGUUGAUUACCACCAUGGCGGAUCCCACCUCACCCAGUGCCUACUCGGAGAACAAGAGAUUCGAACCGAAAGUCAAGGUCGAGCUCGCGGAACCUAGUGACAAAGAGAUCACUCUCGAAGAGCUGAGCCAAUGCGACGGAUCGAAUCCGGACAAGCCGACCUAUGUUGCCAUCAAAGGCACAGUUUUCGAUGUAUCUAAGAAUACGGCAUACGGCGAGAAGGGUUCAUAUCGAGUAUUCGCCGGCAAGGAUCCGUCCCGCGCUCUGGCAUUGUCCAGCUUGAAGCCUGAAGACUGCGUUGCGGAAUGGGACGAUCUGGACGACAAGUACAAGACGGUGUUGGACGAGUGGUACUCCUUCUUCAGCAAGCGAUAUAACAUUGUCGGCAAGGUCGCGGGAGCCCACAAUACCGGACGACAGGAAGGACAACGUUAUACGUCGAAUGCCUCAUAAUUUUGCGAUGGAAAUGGAACGAUGUGUUGCUCGAGUCAUGAAGUG